UUCCAAACUGUGGAUUCAAGUUCAGGUUGAAGUCAAGUUUGGCUGCACAACAAACACCUGGUUCUGUUUUACGACGACAAAAAACAGUCAGGGGCCGGAGGUGUGGCAACACGUUGGUUUAAAAGUUCACUUCCAAGGUGCGGGCGUCACAUUUUACCACUCCUCAGGUGAAGACCAGCUGAGGGUCUGGACAUUUAGUCAGGGAUUCAUCAGGAGACGACGAGAAGGUGUGAGACGUCAUGGCCGGAGGACGGAGGACCAGUUUCUGUGGCGUCUUCAUCACUGCUGCGCUGGCUCUGAUGCUGCUGCCUGCUCUUGUGUCUGCUGGACCUGUUGGACAGAAGACCAAAAGAGAUGCAGGUGACAGUAUCAGGGAGACGGCAGAGGCUGCAGCCGAGCACAGGAGGCUAAUCCGUAACCGCAGGAACAUCAGCUGGUACAAUCAGCACUCUGACUUCUGGAACUGGUACAAGUUCUUCUCUGACAACAACAACCAGGAGGCAGUUCAUGAGAUGGACCGUAUCUACCUGGCCUACCUCCAGAACAAGAACCGCGCUGAGGGGCGUCGCUCCUACAAGGCCUACCUGCGCCACCUAGGGGAUGUCUACAAGUCGUGCUCCGAGUCUGACGACCCCAAAUGUGUUUCUUCCCACACCAGCAGGCCCAAGUCAAAACCUGAGCCCCCAAAACCUGCACCAGUAAAAACCUGUGACCCCACCAAGGAUGCCUACUGUCUGUAUGCUGCCUUGCUCCAGGGCAAGGAUCCUUACAAGCCCCUGGUCCUGCCUGCUGCUGCUGCUCCAGCACCAGUACCAGUCAAGGGCCCAGCUUGUCAGUACAUCCGCACUGCUGCUCAAGCUAAGGACCCUCAGUCUGGGUAUUACUACUACGCUCCCUCUUCAACACCCUUUCUUUCCAAGGAGCAGAAAGCCGAGCUCCUGCGUAUCUGCGCUGCCGAUGAUGUAGAGUGUCUCCAGUACCACCUGAGAGCUGCCUAUGGUUACUCACCUUCUGCUGGAUCUCUGCCAUCCUACGCCCACCUCGGCUGUGAUCCCAAGAAAGACUCCAACUGCAGACCCAAGCAGGUGCAGAAAGCACCGUCUGGUCUGUACCUGCAGUACCCCAACUGUGACCCACUCAGAGAUCCAUACUGUGCCUACGCUGCCUCUCUUGUGGCACCUCGCGCUCCUAACCCCCCUGCCGCUGCUGGGCCUGGAUCCUGCAAUCCUCUUUAUGAGGACAACUGCAACCCCCUGACCGCCACCAAAUUUGCCACCCCUCCAGAUGCCUAUCCCAAUGAGGAAUCAGACGAUGCCGCCUCCAUCCGUGCUGCUCCUUCCUCUGAGCAGUACAACGAUCCCUACGCAAUGUUCAGAGAUGCACAGGCUAAUGCUAACAGAGGUAGCGAUCCUUAUGCUAUGUACCAUCAGGCCAGUGCUCCACCUUCAGCUCCAGCUAAUGACCCAUAUGCCCUUCUGCGCCGACAUAUGGCCCAGGCCCAAGCUACCGACCCCUACGCUCCCCGUAUGGAGGCUGCUCCAGAGUCCAAUCCCAACGAUCCUUUCUCUGCAAUGCGUGAGGCAGCGACUGCCCUGCACCGUCGUGGUCACACCAACCCUAGGCAGCAAUUCCCUUACUCCAACCCAAGUUUUGAGGAACCUGCAAGGCAGGAGCGCCACCCUCUGGGACCCCCAGGCAAAACCAAGGAAGGCUAUGACUGCUACAUUGGCUACGACCGUGAGUGCUACCCAGUUAAACCCAGCAAUCCUCGCUCUGGAGGUCAACGCCACAGCCCUCACCAUGCCGAGGCCUACGAACCCCACGUGAACGCCGACGGCACCAGAAGAGGAGUUCUGGAGCCCGCCAACCCCGACUGCGACCCUGAAUAUGACAGAGACUGCCGCCUGCGCCGCUAUGAACCCGAGGAGGCCCACGCUGAGGCCCUGCCUGAGCAGCAGGCCGAAGAGGAUCACAACCAGGGGGCAGCAGAGAGUCUGCAUUACCAAGAGCAGCAGGAGCAGGAUCAGUACGAGCCCUACCAGAGUGGGCAGGAGGAGCCUCACAUGUCCUACCCCUCACACCCCCAGGGUAUUCCCAGUCUGCAGGACAUCAUGAGGCUGUAUGGAGACCAGAACCAAGAGCAGGGGGAUCACAGAGGCUACGCAGACGACUAUCGCAAGAAGUAAAACACAGAGUACAGGACACACUUAUGCAUGCAGAUGGACAUGAAAACACAGUCCCCAGUGUUCUUGUAGCUACACCCAGGACCUCCUCACAGACGGUGUAAAAACUGAAUCAGAUAUGGGACACACAAGAAGUUAAUGGACCCAGUGACCAAGUACAUGCGCGUACACCAACACCUAGCUUCCAGCAGGUGGGGCUCCAUCAAGUUCUUGUCUCUUUCGGCUGCUUCGCUGCUUUCAUCCCAAUCUUUCUGACUUCGCUAGAAAUGUGUGCUCAUCGUCAGUGUCAGGCUUGGCCUUUUCUAUCUAUAGCAUCUCUAUUUUUUUUGUUAAUUUUUUUGUCACUUUUUGUCUGUGAUGAAUUAUGUAAAGUUCUUUUUUUUUCAUUUUUGGAUGU